AUGGCGCAACGCGAAAAGGGCGGCCGCGUCGUCUUCAUCGGCAACAUCCCCUAUGGCGUCAGCGAGGAGCAGAUCAUGGACAUCUUCGGCCGCUGCGGGCAGGUCGUCAACUUCCGCCUCGUCUACGACAAGGAAACCGGCCAACCCAAGGGCUUCGGCUUCCUCGAGUACACCGACGUCGACGCUGCCGCCUCCGCUGUGCGGAAUCUGAACGAGUUUGAUCUGAAUGGGCGGACGCUGCGGGUGGACUAUAGCAACGACAACCGCGCCGGAGGUGGAAACCAGAAUCAGAACCAGAAUCAGAACAACCAGAACAACAACAACAACGACUCCAAUCGCGCUCCCCCACCGGCGCAUUCCAAUAUGCCGCCCAAUGGCGCUCGUCCGGAUCCUAGCGCGCUCCCACCGCUCCCACAAGGCAUCAAUCUGCCUCCAGGCGUCACGGCCUUCGAUGCCAUCAGCCAGACCAUCUCCAAAGUCGACACGCCCCAACUCCUCGACUUCAUCAGCCAACUCAAGAACCUCUGCCAAUCGAACCCCGCCCAGGCAUCCGCGCUCCUACAAUCGGCACCCCAAUUGGGCUACGCAGUCUUCCAAGCCAUGCUCCUCCUCAACCUCGUAGACACCAACGUCGUUGCCCAACUCAUCCAAACUGCCGGCGGCCCUGCUCCAGUACAACCACCACCAGCCCAGCAAGCUCCUCCACCGCAGCAAUACGCUCCACCCCAACCUCCUCAGGGUUAUCCACCUCAACCACCGCAGGGUUACCCUCCGCAGCCGCCUCAGGGCUAUCCACCCACGCAUUACGCUGCGCCAACACCGCCACAAGCACCGGCAUACCAGCCUCCAGCCCAGCAAGCGCCGCAGCCACCGCAAGUCGGGCCAGAGCAAGCUGCUCUCAUCCAGCAGGUCAUGGCCUUGCCAAGAGAGCAGAUCUUGGCCAUGGAACCGACGGCAAGAGCACAGCUCAUGCAGAUAAGACAGAUGUAUGGCGCUCCGGUAUGA